AUCACAUAAAUUUUGUUAGAGUAAGACGUCUCGUCGCACUCUAUUCCGUCAACUCAACUAUUUCGGCCAUAAAUGCAAGUGCAAAAGACCAACAAACAAACGUUGGUAUGCGUAGUGCAUGCUAAAUUCGCAGUGAAACCCUCAAUAGUCCAAAAGGUCUUUUAAGUGCGUCGCGUUACAAACAAAAAUAAACGAAAAAUUCUUGAACAGUGCAAAGAUAACGCGCGCAUAUAAAAAAUCGAUUCAUAUUCCUUCAAUUUUUAGUCGGGCGCGUGACAAUUUAGUGGCUUUUAUGUCAAUAUUACUAUGAAAUUGGAUGAAAUUGUCGCAGGGUACCAGAAACGAAUCGGCACCUAUGAUAAGCAAGAAUGGGAGAAAACUGUCGAGCAGCGCAUUCUGGAUGGCUUCAAUAGCGUCAACUUGAAGAAUACCAAGCUCAAAACUGAACUCAUUGAUGUUGAUCUAGUGCGGGGCUCGACGUUUCCCAAAGCAAAGCCGAAACAAACCCUAAUCACCGUCAUUCGUUUGGCCAUACUUCGAUAUCUGUUGCUGCCCCUCUAUGCACAAUGGUGGGUCAAGCAGACGACACCGAAUGCCUUCGGCUUCCUACUCUGCCUGUACAUCACGCAAUGGAUCAAUUGGGCUGUAUACAUUAUGCACAGCAAUCGGCUGGUGCCGCUGGUCUAUGUACAGGAAACGAACGCAACGACGACAGUAGACGCCGAUGCGGCUGCGGCUGCUGCUGCUGCUGCAGUCGAUAAGCAGCAAGAGCAGCAGCAGCAGCAGAAUGUCGAGGAGAAUGCCGACUUGCUCUGCGCACUCCUCAUACCCUGUGCGCUCAGUUUGCUGAUUAGCUUAAUACACUCACAGAUUGUGGCAACGAAUACGGCGCCGGGUGGUGCCAGCAAUAAAAAUAAAUUGCGUCGCUUUUCCAUACCCGCGUUCGGGGGCGACAAGCCCAAUUUGCCGCGCGUGAGGCGACGCAAGAAGUUUGUGCGCUUGCGUCAGGCCGAGUCGGACAAUUCACAGUCAAAUAGUAAUCAUGCAUUGAGCACGCGACGUUCGAAAUUGCCGCCCCUCAGCACCGAAGCCAGCCCCGAUUUGAAGCCCUGCUCAUGCAAUCCAGUUCCUAGCGAGGAGACCUUCCCUACCACAACUGCCAUAACCAUACUGCAUCAACAUCACCAGAAUCAUCAAGCAGCUGCAGCUGCAGCGGAUAGCACCACGCUAAACGAGCCGCUCUACGAUCUCAGACAGGUGGCAAACGCCGAAGCUACCGACAGUCCCCAGAAGAAGCGCAAUGUCAAUUGGCAUACGCCCAUCCAGAUCUAUGCGACAUUCGAUCAGAAUGAGUUGCCCUCGUCCAGCAUUGAGCUCAACAGGAGCAGUGGCCCAGCACCGAGUGGUGCACGCCUGGAGCCCAAUUAUCGACCCACAAAUCGCAGCAUUGGCGAAGACGACGGCUUCGAGAGCUUGAACAAUAAAAGCUCCAGCGGCGAGGAUAACAAUCAUUCGCCCAAUGUAAAUAGUUCUGCUCCCAGUGGAGCAAGCCCAUCAAAUGUCAUCACAGCGCCGUCGAAUCAUCUCCGACUGCGUCUCAAUGUGAGCAGCUGCAGCAAUAGCAACAACAAUGCGACAAGCGAUUCAAAUGAUAAAAUCACUCAUGAAUCCACGAGCAGCUGUGCCGAGUCGGAUGAAUGUGACGACGCGGAUAUUAUCUCAAGUCCAGCCUCGGCUGGCACACAAGAGUGCAAUACAUCGGCCACCGAUUGGCUGGGCGUGACCACAAACAGCGAAGAUUGUAGCUAUACAUCCGAGCUGGAUCAAUCCGAUGGCGGCUUCAAGCAUCAGGCCUGCAGUGAUGAGGAGUUGCCAGAGCUGGAUAUAACACCGACGACCAUACUCAAUCCACACAGCAGUCUGGAUCGCAUCAGCUGCACCAUUUGGGAUCAGCGCGAUGCUAAGAAGGCUCAAAUGUCUGUCCUGGAAAUCGCAUCGUGCAUUAUCGAACGCGUCGAUUCGCUGGGCGUGACCAAUGACUAUAUUUACAUAGGCGUCUUUUUCUCGUUCCUGCUGACGUUAAUACCCACAUUUUGUAGGCUAUGCGAGAUCACAAUUGAUGCGGAUAAGGCGAAUGAUAUAAGCUAUUUCUAUAUACCACUAUUGUUGUGGAAGAAGUCGUCGUCUUCCUUCUUUACACUCUUCGGCUUUGCCUUUGGUGAGGAGCAAUGGGAGCGCACUGUGCUGGCGCUGGGCUUUGUGCAACGCCUCUGCCUGACGCUGAUAUUGUUUAUGAUAUUUGCAGUGGCCGAGCGCACUUUUAAGCAACGCUUUCUGUAUGCCAAGCUGUUUUCACACCUGACUUCCUCGCGACGUGCUCGCAAAUCAAAUUUGCCGCACUUUCGCCUCAACAAAGUGCGCAAUAUUAAAACCUGGUUGAGCGUGCGCUCCUACUUGAAGAAACGCGGUCCGCAGCGUUCGGUGGAUAUUAUUGUAUCGGCCGCAUUUAUAGUCACACUGCUGCUGUUGGCCUUUCUGAGCGUGGAGUGGCUAAAGGAUUCGGUUAAUUUGCACACACAUCUAACGUUGGAGGCGCUCAUUUGGUCCAUUACGAUUGGCAUCUAUUUGUUGCGCUUCAUGACGCUUGGCCAAAAGAUUCAGCAUAAAUAUCGCAGCGUUUCGGUAUUGAUAACUGAGCAAAUCAAUUUGUAUUUGCAAAUCGAACAAAAACCCAAGAAGAAGGAGGAGUUAAUGGUCUCAAAUAGUGUACUAAAAUUAGCCGCCGAUCUGCUAAAGGAGCUCGAAACGCCAUUCAAGAUCUCUGGUCUCAGUGCCAAUCCAUAUCUGUUCACAACCAUCAAGGUGGUCAUCCUAUCUGCCCUAUCGGGUGUGCUAAGCGAGGUGCUGGGCUUUAAAUUGAAGCUACACAAAAUUAAAAUUAAGUAAGCCAACCCAUAAAAAAA